UUGAGCGGGGAGGUGCGGGGUAUGGUAGUGAGCUGAAUCGAGAGGAGGUAGGAACAAGUGUUGCAAAGCAUCUGGAAUCUGCAAACACAAUGUUUUCAUUCAUAUGGUGGAUUAUUGGAUUCUACUGGGUGUCUGUUGGAGGGGCAGUAUUGACCCAUGAUGCACCUCAACUGUACUGGCUGUGCAUAGUUUUCCUGGCAUUUGAUGUCUUCUUUGUUGUUUUCUGUGUGGCUCUGGCAUGCGUAAUUGGUAUUGCAGUUUGUUGCUGUCUACCAUGCAUUAUUGCUAUACUGUAUGCUGUUGCAGACCAGGAAGGAGCUUCAGAUGAAGACAUUCGCCAACUUCCAAAAUACAAAUUUUGGAGAACUGGUGAUUCUGAGAAACUUGGUAGUGAGAUGUCAAGAUCAUCAAGUGGAAUAAUGACUGAGUGUGGUAGUGAUCCCCUGGUUGAACAUGCUCUUUCAGCGGAGGAUUCGGAAUGUUGCAUAUGCCUUUCUGCUUAUGACGAUGGGGUGGAGCUACGAGAACUCCCCUGCGGCCAUCAUUUCCAUUGCAUCUGCAUAGAUAAGUGGCUUUACAUCAAUGCUACGUGUCCCCUCUGCAAGUAUAAUAUCAUAAAGUGCAACAACCAAGGACGAGAAGGGGCAUAGAUGAAAGGCAUAAUUCAACUUAUAGAAGCUCUUUGUAGUCUUUUUAUAUGAAGAUCACAUAAUUUUUUAGAUUCAUAGUGUUCAUUGUAAAGUAGGAUGUUCAGUGUGACAUCAUAGUGUAACUAUGCAUCGUUGUGCUUGAGUUUGUACAGCAGCUGCUCUUGAAAAC